AGAUAUUGUACUGCAUUCUAGCCUGGCAAAAACUACAUGAAAUAUAUCACUUCAGGUGCCCUGUAUCAGAAACAGUCUGCAAGUAUGUUCUCCCUGUCCAUGAUGGUGGGGCUGGUCCCAAUAGUGUCUCUCUUCGGUUUGUUCUACUCUGCUGCAGUAGAUGAGAACUUCCCUCAAGGCUGCACCAGCAGUAACAGCCUGUGUUUCUACAGCCUGCUGCUGCCGGUCACUAUCCCCGUCUACGUAUUCUUCCACCUCUGGAGCUGGAUGGGGAUCAAGCUUUUUAGACACAACUAGGCUUUUCUGCUGUGUGUAAUAACUGGCACCAAUAUAAAGAUUGUUUUCCACUUUUAGUAUAAUGGUCAUAUGCUUGCAGCUAGUGUUAAUUCUGAACCUUAAUGCAGUUCACAUUGUUUGAACAGAAAGGUUAACUAUUUAUGUAUGUCAUGUAACAAAUAGAGGUGAAAUGAAUAAAGAAUAGUACACAACUUUAA